CAAAGAAUACGCGAGCUAGCUAAAGGUGCGCAUGUGUGGUGCACGCCAACACAGAAUUUCACACAAAUCCUUGGGAUUGUGGAACGAAAGCAGACUUGAGCGGAUAUUUUGCUCGCCACCGGUGCAGUGGAUGAGGCAAGAACAUUCCCAUGGCCACGUUGUGGAUCGAGAACAAACUGGAUCGCGACUCCUCUUCGUUUAUUAUGGUGGUUGACAAACUGGAGAAACAUAUUCUAGAAAUGGACGACGGCAGCUACAUCGAGUUUGAUGUGUCGGAGUUCAGCAACACCGUCCUGACUCAGCUCAAUGAGUUGCGACUGCAGGGCAAGUUAUGUGACAUCAUUGUUCACAUUCAGGGUCAGCCGUUUCGCGCCCACAAGGCCGUCCUGGCAGCUAGCUCCCCCUACUUUCGAGACCACUCGGCUCUCAGCACCAUGAGCGGCCUUUCGAUCUCAGUCAUCAAAAGCCCUGAGGUGUUUGAGCAGCUUCUUGCGUUCUGCUACACAGGUCAUAUGUCCCUGCAGCUCAAGGACAUUAUCAGUUUCCUCACCGCCGCUAGCUUUCUGCAAAUGCAGGUCAUUAUUGACAAGUGUACUCAGAUCCUUGAGAGCAUCCACUCCAAAAUAAGCCUCCCAGUUAAUACCUGCAGCCCAGAGAAGGAUGAUUCGCAGAGCAGUCGCAACGGGGUCAACGACAGCAACCUUUUCGUCAACCCUACGCAGAUCUCCCCCCCUUACUACUCCCGUCAGAGUCACGCAGGCCACGAAGCACGCUUGGAUCUGGCAGGAAAAGGCCUGGGUCGUGGGCGCCUGCAGCAAGAGGAAGGCCAGUCAGAUCGUGGCAGCACCGAUAGUGUGUCAGAGCAUGACGUUCCCAUGGAAGGAGAAAUGGAGCAAGUGGAACUCAUUGGCAAAGAUGGGCAAGUAACAGAUGUGCACGUGAAAGUGGAGAAAACCGAGAGGCCUACCUACUCCGAUAGUUCCUCGGCUGGCGAUGACGGCUACCACACCGAGUUGGUGGACGGAGAGCAAGUUCUGGCUGUGAGCGUGGGUUCUUAUGGUCCAGUUAUCCAGUCUGCUGCCUAUUCCUACUCAGGGCUGUCUUCCCCGUGCUUUGUUAACCUCAGCAGCUCCAGUCCAUCCCGUUCCAUCCUCAGUGGGUUCAGAGGUGGUAGAGCCAGAGCAAAGCGCCCCCUGGCCAUCCCAGCAGCGGUACUGAGUCACAUCAAGCAAGUUGCGGACGACGGCGAGCCCGCUGUGGGACCCGCCGUGUUGGAGAACGACGUGCGAGAGCGUAGCCUGAGGAGUCAGUGGUACCCGUACAACGAGCGACUCAUUUGCGUCUACUGCGGUAAGACGUUCAAUCAGAAAGGGAGCCUCGACCGUCACAUGCGCCUGCAUAUGGGCAUCACGCCAUUUGUUUGUAAAUUCUGCGGCAAGAAGUAUACGAGGAAAGACCAAUUGGAGUACCACAUCCGUGGCCACACGGACAACAAGCCGUUCCACUGCCAGAUCUGUGGAAAGUGCUUCCCGUUUCAGGGCACCCUUAAUCAGCACCUGAGGAAGAAGCACAUGGGAGCGUCCGAGGGCAGCAAUCACAUGGACUCUCCGGAGCGGACGGAGGGAAGCUCGGGUCAGAAGGACCAGGAGGAUACCGCUGAGGGGAUAGCCUACGAGGCCCAAUAUGCAGAAGAGGCACCGGCCACUGAUGUGGAGGAGAGUUCCAAAUGCAGUCCAGAAGAGGCUCAGGCAUCCAGAUGUGAUUAUUAGGUUCUGCUUCAGGUUCAAGAAGCUUUAAGAAAUGUUAAUUUCAAAUCGACUUAAGGACUUUUCAGCUCCCUCUGCUAUAGACGUUUCUUACUUUAAGGGGUGCUGCCGAUUUUGUGAACGCUAGGUGUCAAAUGCAGAGUAAAGCGAGUUACUUCGGGAGCUACGUACGUCGUACUAUUUUUGCUGAGGUCCCAUUUAUCUAGGCCCCCCACCCCAGGAUGAUUUCUCUUUAUAUCUUUCCAUGUUUUUAAAAACAUAUUUACAGAGUUAUAUAGGCAUGUUGCAAUAAUUGAAAAUGUGAAAGCUCUGGUAAGAUGCUUGUCAUAUCACCUUUUUACCUGACCUGUUUUUGCACAUACGGCCACAGGAGGUCACUCACUCACUCACUAGGAAUUAUCCUUUUUUUUUUUUUUAAUUGCAUAGCUUUUUGUGACAUAUCCGUUCAAUACCUCAUGAUACAACUACACACUCAUCACAGUAUUCUCACGUCAAUGGAACUUACUUGGUUCUACCUCAUAGCCAAUAAUUUACCGGGCGCAGACAAGUUCACUGUUAGAAAUCCAUUUUAGGGUGUAUGUACAGUAUUUUGCCAAACCAUGUGUAAAGAAUAUUCUCUCGAUAUAAAGCCUUCAUAGACGGGGGAAAUAUUCCUUGUUGAUUGUAUUGGUUAGACUAACAAAAAGGAGAUAUGCUCAAGUGAGUACAUUUUGUCUGAAAGUGUGUUUGUUUUUGGGAACAUUUAGAAAGUGGAGAACAAAAUAGAUGGCCCAGGAUACUGAAAGAUAUCAGUUUGCUGUCUAACAUUCAUUUCCAACAUAACGCAGAAUAUUUACCUCGUCACAAGUCCUGGUGGCAUGCUCGUCCAUAAGUCACGGUUUUCGACACUGUUCACUAUGAAAAGCGCCUUUUAUGUGAAGUCCAACAUACUGUACGUCCCCCCGCCCCCACACUGGGAUGUCAAAUUUACAUCAGAAUGUGUAACUUGUUUUUGACCCGAGUUAGGUUAGGUAAGCUAUAACUCGUUAUUCAUUCAGUGCCGUCGCAACAACUCCGGAUCCGUUCACACACAGUACAGCAAAAGUACUCGUCAAUAAUAUGCAAAACGCAGCAAAGGAAUCUCAGCCAUUUUAACGUGUUUUUUUUUUUUUCUUCCGUUAUUUGCAAGGACUAUUGUGUUUUUUUCUUUCCGUUUUAUUUCAUGUUCAUUCUGUCCUACCUGCCAUCUUUGUUCUCUGCAUUGGUGCGGAUCGAAUACAAAUGUAAAGACCAAGGUUAUUUUCAGAAGUCAAUACCACUUUUUGUUUGAUAUGUGUGGCUAAAACUAGAGAUAACUGUUUAAAGGUGGUGGAAAGAAGUACGUGAUACAAAGUAUUGAUGCACUUUGCAUAGUUAGUAGGUGGGAUUGAUGUCCCAGUGAUAGUUUGCUAAUCUCUUUUUAAAUCUGAUGCUGCAUUGUCAAGAGUAGGACAGUAGUAGCAACACAGCAGUUACUUACGACAUGAUGAAACUCUGCAACCACAUGAUUACUAACGGCUACAAAUCACGCAAAAGGCUUUGUUGUGUUUUAUCGGUUUAUUGAACCUAUAGGGCUUGGGCGUUGGGUAGAACGUAGUAUACAAAGACUGUUUUAUGUUCAUAGUGAUUUUAUAGUUGAUUCUUACAAGGCACUUGUAAGGCCUGAUUGAUUAUCCUUUCAAGCGGUUUGGUCAUUUAAAGCUCAGCUCGUGCGGUCUUUCUUUGAUACAACAUUGCUGUCUUAUCUUCCAUCCAAAUGAGUUUAAUGCCUUUCUUGUGGUGCAAUUUUGCUAUAUAGUAAUAUGAAAUGUUGUUUUGCCCAGUUGGAUCAAGAGGGUGGCCCUUGUCCUUUUAUUCAUGUGCAGUCCUUAUAUUUACUGGGCAGUUGAGAAGUUGAAUCAAAUUUGCUCGUCAUUCUGUUUGUUUUUUUUGUUUUUGUUUUUUUGUUUUUUGUUUUGUGUGUGUGUGUAGGCAUUUAUUCUUUACAGUUUUGGUUGAUAGCCAAUUCCACCCCCCCCCCCCCCCCCCCCCAACGUCAACAUUAAUCUUAGAAUUGUUUACUACAUUUAUUUCCGUCAUGUUUAUUUUUGUCCGCUGCUGAUGGAGUCUAAUUUGAUUCUGCCAGCGAUUUCCCAGAAAUGAUUUGCGAGUGAAAGGUACAAACUGUUUCAACUCUUUUGUGCCAUGACUUCUCACCAAAGAUUAGCACAUUAUUUAGGUUAGGUGUACAUUUUUGACUGUAUUUCAUAAGUGAAUGCUUAUCAGG